AUGGUGACAGCCGCAUGGGGCUGGGCGUCGAAGACCAAAAAUCUUCGCCGAAGCCCAGUGCAUGGGGAAGAAGAAGCCAGGUUGGUGCUUACGGAUAAGUUUGAGGCCCAGGACACGACAACGCAGCAGACGGAGAUGGGUGGCACUAUCGAGCUCGAGGACCGGCUGAGCCAAGUGGAUGGGGCCCGUGCCAAGGGGCUCCGGGACCAGAUCCAGACCCAGCUCCAGCUUUUGAAGACGUGUUUCGCUGAUAUGACCAAGAAGCAAUCCGAUGCCCUCACCCGGCCACUGGACAAGCCCUUCCAGGACUCCAUCCUGAAGGUGUUCGCCGAGGUGACAAAGCAGGAUCUGAUCAUGAACAACUACGUUGUCAGGACUCUGAAAUCUACGCCGGGUUCCUCGAAGCCUGCGGGGAAGUCGAACAAGGACAAGAAGGACAAGAAGGACAAGAAAGAUAAGAAAGAGAAGAAGGAGGAUAAACCACCCAAGAAACCCAAGAAGGAAAGCAAGGGAAGCCAUUCGAGUGAGGACGACGAUGUGAGCGAUGAUGACCUGGCCAAUGAGCUUCUGGUUGGAUUUCAGACUGGGGCAGAAAGUGCUGAACGUGUCGUCCGGAUAGCUCAAGUGGCCUCCCGCAAGAUGCAGAAGCAAGGACCGGUAGACCCGUCUCUAAAGGAAUUGGCAGCAUCUGGAUCCUCCAACGCCUCCCGCAGCCUGUAUCGACUUAUUCAAAGGCAAGGCCAUUGUCUGCCAGUGAGAAUCACUGGGGUCAAUGCACCAAUCCGAGUGAUCAAGAAGGGCAGAGUGCUUCGUGAGGAUUGGAGAUUUCCAACUUUGCUUCCGAGCUCGUGGGUAGAAUAUGCACUUAGCAUUGGAGGACAGCCUAUUUUAGGUGGCUGCACUCUAGAUGAAACGAAGGCAUACACGACAAUGCUCAAGCAGUUCUGGCAAAACUAUCGGAUGACUCACCCUUCCUUCGAUGCAUUUACAAGGGAGGACUUCGAUGAGAUCGCUGCCACCCUCGUACCAUUCGCCAUACAUGGGGAUGAGGGCAGAGGAAAGGGCAAGAAGCCUAUCAUGUGUCUUUCUGUCCAACCAGUCAUUGGGGCUAAGGGCCUGGGUUUUCUCAACAUGAGUGGGUUGAAAGAGUAUCCUGGCGGCUGUGGAAAGGGCUUCGACUGCGGUGUUAUGAAUGGCUGGUUGGAAGAG